CGCGACGACGAAAAGGACGCCGACUAAAGCAAGCUGGCCAAUUCGUGCAGGCGAACUCUCGAGAGUUCUCGCCGUGCGAGCGGCUCAGAAUCGAGUUGCGUUUCUCGUAUUCGAGUUUCGCAGGUGCGCGAUUUCCGAUCUUCCACCUCCUGCUCCAUCGUCUCCUUUUCCGCCGCUCCCUUUACUUCCACCGUCACCACCAUCUUCGCCUCCUCCCGCACGCUCGAGGAGGAUCCGUGCCUUCGGAGGUCUUGUCGCAAGUUCGCGCGUGAUCAAUCGGGACAAGUUGCAGUACGAGUUUUUGUUCCGCCUGUUCUUGUCCCUCGGAACGAUCGUCACUCGCCGUUUCAUCGAGACCAGAGAAGUUCGGGAUCGGUUCACUAGACGGAUCACCUGCGGAACUUGAAGCGCACGUCGAGGGAACAAUGGCGGACCGGCAAAGAAGAAGUCGAUACUUGACCAUCAGUAUAUUACAUAUUAUCACAAUAAUGUGCCAAGCGCUCUCGGAUCCGCCGAUAUUCGCCGAGCCGAUACCGAACGUCACGGUGGCGCUGGGAAGGGACGUGAGCCUGCCCUGUGUCAUCGAGAACCUCGGCACCUACAAGGUGGCGUGGAUCCACGUCGGUCGCCAAAUGCUGCUCACCGUUCACAAACACGUAGUCGUGAAAAUACCCAGGUUUUCCGUGUCGCAUGACAAUCAGAAGACCUGGCUGCUUCACAUCAGUAGCGUGCAACAGGACGACCGGGGUUACUAUAUGUGCCAAGUAAACACCAACCCCAUGAUAAGCCAAGUGGGCUUUCUUCAAGUCGUUGUGCCACCCAACAUAUUAGACUCUCUCUCCACUGAGAGCACCGUGGCGGUGCGGGAGCACCAGAACAUCACUCUCACAUGCAAAGCCGACGGAUAUCCGCCCCCGAAACUCAUGUGGAAACGCGAGGACGGCCAAGGGAUAAACAUCAACAGACACCACAAAGUGGCCAUGUAUGAUGGCGAGCAAUUAAACUUGACGAGGAUCACGCGCAACGAAAUGGGCGCUUAUCUCUGCAUCGCGACCAAUGGUGUGCCGCCGACGGUCAGCAAGAGGAUCACCGUGGAUGUCGAAUUUUCCCCGAUGAUCUUCGUACCUAACCAGCUGGUGGGCGCGCCGAUCGGCACCGACGCGACGAUCGACUGCCACACGGAAGCCUACCCUCGCGCCAUGAGCUACUGGUUCCUGGGCGAGGAGAUGAUACUCUCCAACGAGAAGUACACCACGACUAGCAUGGAGAACAGCUACCGGGCGCACAUGAGGCUCAUCGUCAGGAACCUGACAACGAGCGACUUCGGUAGCUACCGGUGCAUUAGCAAAAACUCGUUGGGCGAGACCGAGGGAUCCAUCAGAUUAUACCCCAUCCCGAAGCCAUCGGCGGCACCGAAGGCGACGGAGAUCAAGAGCAGCGCCAACAAAGAAGGACGACCGAGCACGCCACCGCCAGCAAAAAGGCUGACCACCGUGUGGCCCUCCUCGUACAACCCCUACUAUCCGAAAAGGACAGAGAGACCACCUCCGCCGAGUGAGGAGAGGGUCGAGAGGCCAGAGCAGAAGCUACGUGGUAGCCAAAGUACAGGAAGCGCGUACAUCAUCAGAUGGAGUGCGCCGCAGUUGAUGGUCGUGGCGGUGCAGUACAUCCUCACGGGGCCCUAUAUGCCUCCCUACGUGCCCCAGACGGCGAAUUAAGACGUCCGCCGCAGGAAAGAUGUACCGUCGCGCACCGUGUUCAUCCAAAGAGGUCGUCAUCGUCGUCAUCGUCGUCGUCGGCGGCAGCGGCGACGACAACGGCAACGACGAGGAACAGACAGUGUCCUGGAGUGUUCCUAGAAUACACAUACACACGAGUCGCGUAACUCCCGCGGGACACGUGCUUUUUGCGGAACCGCGUCUCACAGCAUGGAGAGCUGACUGACUGACUGACUGACUGACUGACUGACUGACGAACGGAUGGGCGGGAAAUGCGCCCUUGCGAAAGGGUAACUAGUUUACGAUCUGUCCUUUUCGAGACAGCUUUUGAUUUUGUCACUUGCCCACUAGCGCGCUUGUCGAUUUCUAUUAAUAGAAAUUGACAAGCUACGAUAAUUGCGAAAUAUGCAAUUCUGCCUGCCAUGCCUUGCGGCAGGCAUAUAUAACUUUUGUUCCAGUUUGAUAAUCGACUUUAAGCGUUCUGUUGUAUCCGCUUUAUUGAUCGUGGAUUUAAUUUCCAUUUUUGAAAUUUACUCAUUAUGCUGCGUGACUGUGUGAUUUCUUUGGUGUUUUUUUUUUUUCUUUUCUUAUCUUUCUCGCUUUCUUCUUUAACUUACUUCUGCCUUUUUUGCCUUAUAUUGUCGAAAAAGUUGACGAAUAAACAUAAAGUAAACGAACGAAUGGCGCAUGUGCGGUACGGUGAGAUUCCUGGCCGUGCGACAAAGCUCUUUUGUUACGGGCGUUGCGUAUGAAUCAUCUUCGUGAAACGAUAUCGGCAAUUUGCACGACAUCAAUAUGCCUUCGUCGGGCUUCGGCACGAGUGAACGGAUAUUUCGUUCGACGUAAGUAUGUAUAAAGUUGAAGUGUCGUUACUCGACUCGGCGAUAAGAGGAGAAUUCACGAGUCGACUCUGAGGGAACUUGAACGAAAGGACCGCGCGUCGAAAUUUGCGUGCGGAACCAACACGUAUCCCGAGACGCCAACGUGUUACGCACGACGAGAUGAAGCGUCUAAGAGUUUCCUCCCUUUCUCUGGAGAGCGGGAGGACUUUGAUUAAUGCUUCGGCACGUGAAAAAUGGCGGGGGCGCGGCCGCGACUCCUCGAAAUAGCGAGGGCGGUGAUGACGUUGGGGAGUCAUCGAGAAUUUUUCCUAGCAUACCGCCGCCCGGAGAAACGCGCGGACGCGCACGCCUCCGGGGCGCGGGGAGAGAAAGGGAGAAAGAGCAAAAAGAUUCAACGGAGAAUCACGGUCCGUUACGUUGAGUGAAGAAACUCGCGUUGAAACUGUCGAGUAUCGGCAGCCAUUCGCACGCGAACGGAUCGAUGCGGGCGCGCGUUGCACCGCGAAGCGGAGAAGUUGACGCGUUCCUAAAACUGUACAGCUGUUUUCUACGAAUAAUGGCGAGCUUUUGUACGAUAAUAAUACAAAUCGCAAGGGAGGAAGCGGCGCUACGAGGCACGACGCUUUUUGUAUAGAUUUUAUCGCGCGCGUGGCCGCACACGCGCGCGCGCACAGCUUGUCGGCGCGCUAUGGACCAAAUGAAAAUUUAUCACAGAUCACGGCGCAUUAUUGUGUCCGAUGAAAUUUAUAUCAACUUCGGAUGUGUCCGAUCCGCCGUCGAUGACGACGGCGCGAUUAUCGCCUCGCGAGAAUUUCGUGUAUACUCGUUAAACGUCCUAUUCGUUUAAUUAGAGAUCUCUCACGGCUGAAACGCCGUCGGCGAUUUUUAAUUAACACACGCAACGUCGACGUUAUUAUUCGCUAAUUAAACGUUCUCCCGCUGAAAAUUCUCCCUCGCUCCGCGCGCGUUAUUCGUUGCUAACCGAUCUCCACUGCCACAUUGUGCAAGAAGUAGCAGGUGAAAAAGGACCGAUUCCGCUCCAAAUUACGAUGUAUAAAGCAAGAUAAUCCUCUCUUCCUCCCUCCCUCCCUCCCUCCCUCCUUCUGCCCCCUCUUUCUUGCCAAAAACUCGAAGAAACCCGGGGAAUUACAACCGGCGAUUUACGCGAUUUCUUUUUAUUAGCCGAAAUUAUGAUCUCCAUCAGAGCGCCACGACUGCGUACGUGUAUAUUUCCGUUAACGAAGCGGUUUCGACUUCGUUUAUCGUCGCAAGAGAAUUAUUUUGCACAGUUAUACAGAGGUUUCCACUACCCCCCCCCUCUCUCUCUCUCUCUCUCUCUCUCUCUCCUCUCUCUCUCUCUCUCUCUUCAAGCCGGUGAAUGGAAACAAUAGCGCGCACAGGACUGAAUUAGUACACGCGCGCGCGUGAAAUGAAAUUAUUUCGCAAGUAAAAAAAGCGGAGCGUAUCGAGCGGCGAAAUUCCUCUCCAGACCGAAAGUCGCCGCGGCGAGUUAAUUGGCUGCUGUUCUUCUCAUUCAUUCGCUCUUUAGAUGCAUGCGCACCAUUGUGCGUAUCAAAACCUCGGCGUUUUCUGGUGCUUUGUGCUAAUUGCUACGACGGUUAACGGUCGUUAUUAGGGGGCAGCACGGGGCACGGGGCUACAUCAAAUUGCAGUUUUGUAAUAUUUAACGCGCAAGUUUCACGGUUAAAUUUUAAUUACAUAAAUAACGCGCGCGCGCGCAUGCGGGCGGAAUAAUUUCGCUGGAUCUCGAUUAUUUGCGUUAUCUAUAAAACUCACCGCGGUAAUAUGCGCAAGUUAAUUAUCCCGAUAUUAUCGUCGCGGGUUGUAAUUGUUGUAACGCGGCUGGAACUUUCGUCCUCCCUGUGUAUAACAGAACGGUAAUGUAUAUAUACGUGUAAUGUAUAUACACGCGGUGAUAUAAAUAACCUGGGCACGACAAAACGCGCGGGCACGUUGCAUUAAAUUAUAGAUAACGGGCGCGAUUUCGGUAAUGCGCCCACCGGGGGCCCCGCGUCAACUUCUCAACUUCGAGAAGUUUGAGCGUGCAGCGGCGCAACGAGCGCGACAAGAAUCAGGACGCGAAUCGCCAUCGUCGCGUCAAGUAGCGGAGACGAAAUGAAAAAAACCACGUUCCCGAGAUUUGAAUGCUUCAGUAAAGUAAAGCUCCUCAGAUCAAAGCCCUUCAAUAUCUGCCGGACACAUCCGGCCGGAUCUAUCGUCAAAAAUGCAACCUGCCCGAAGCCGCAUUUACAAGCUGGUAAAAUCACACCCACGCUUGCGAGUUUAUUCUAUGACUCUCUCAUCGACAAUGUCGCUGUGGUUGCGCAGCUUUUCUACCACAUAACAUACCCGCCUAACAAUAACGACAUUAUCAUUAAAUGUAUCGCGAAACAGAUUUUGCAUUCCCGGAUUAUUCGGUUAACGAGAAAGUAACUCGAACGAGACUUUACCAAAGCGUACACACAGUUUAAAUUACGUGCAAUAACGAAUCGGGGACUUUCCUACUGGAUCCUAGCGGAUCCUGAUUCUGACGUCGAACCUCUUUCUCACUGAUAAAAUUCCGAGACGAUCACGUCGACUCGGCUCGAAAGAACUAACGCGACCACCCGCAUGCUUCGCUUGUCUUCUCUCGCGGAAUACACAAACGAUGGCUUCAUUUCCGCAACAAGGCACAACAGGAUGCGCUUCGGACGAAUCAUCGCGGGGUUUCGCAUCUUGACCGUCACUUCAUCCCAAUUCCAGUUCGGAAACGCGCUUUCGUGGUCACGAGCGAGCGAGCGAGAGAGAGAGAGAGAGAGAGAG